CCCAAGCAAGCAAGCGAGUGGUUCUCGUCUUCAACUUUGCAUCAUUUCAUAAAAAACGCGCCGAAUUUCGAACCCUCUGGAAUCUCGCCAUCCGGCAUAUAAAAAUCUGGCUCUUCCGAUCUGAUAAUUUCGCGACCAAGCAAACUCUGAUCGGAAAAUCUUUAGACUACCGGAGCUCUGAGGGAAUCAUUUUUUAGCGGUUUAAAGGACAGUACGAUUCCGACCGCCGUGCGUCCAGCCUCCUUCAAUUCGCCAGGAUCGAAAGUUCGUCGUUUCUGCGAAUUGUAGCUAUAAAUUUCGUGCUCUCUGCUUUAUCUCUUUCCUUUUCUCCCGGCUCUGUCCGCUUGUUGUCCUUGAUUGUAGGCUAGUUCUGUGCGGCGUUGGUGAUAGGUAACGUGUCGGUGACUUGCUGAUUUGUUUUUUCCUGCUCGCUAACAUCGUUUGGCUUGGUAGCUUAGAUGGUAUGGCGAAUUUGUUGAAACGACUGGUUUCGGUUUCCGCUUGCUUGCUGUCUGAUACUGCUAAUGGUGAAUUUAUGUUAUGGGUGGCCGGGCCGGAAAUGUAUCUUCCGGUCUUUGCUAUACUUGUUGAGUUGAUUGAGUAAUGCUAAAACGUGAUUGUGUGAAGUGACGUAUGGGGGAAUCCAAGUUAAUACUGCAGCACUGAGUGCCUUAGAGGAUCAUUACCUGAUCUUGAGCCUGUAGUGAUAGAUUUUUGUUACUAGUCUCUUGUAGAAUCGAUCCCUGAAACGUACCAGUCCUUGACACAGUCUGGUAGGCUUUCGUUCUUGAAAUUUAAGUUAACUUAAUUGUACAUCCCCUUCAUCUGCGCUCCUCCGUAGAAGGAAUUGCCAAUUUAGGAGUGUUGAUCAGUCAUUCAGUUCCCUUCUUUCUCAGGUGCUUACUGAUAACUUCUGUUGAGAUUGGAGUCCAAUUAAGCUGGCGAGUAGCUUUUUGAAGUUUUAGGUCUAAGUCUAGGAAAUGGACGAGUUGUUCCAGGGUGCGAUGUUAGGCCAAGUGAUUAUGUAGUAAGUCCUUAGGUAGCAUCUCUCAAGUUGGGUCUUCAAACAUUGCUCAAGAAUGAAUGUGCUUCUCUAUACCCGACUUUGGAAAUGUGAGCGCCAGAAGCAUGGAUUGGUUUCCUGGUGAUGAGCAAUGCUGUGUUUAUGAGAGAACCAGAAGGGACGGCGACCUUCGAAUGUCAGGCUUAACAAAUGGUGGUAACUUCUUCCUCGAAUCUGGGUUGCCAUCUUUUCAACCUGACAGCCCAAAACAACUUCUAUAUGUUUGUCUUCCCAUCUUCCCUUCUUGUAUCCAAGAAUCAAGCUGGUCCAAGGUUCAUGGACUUUGCCGCCGCUGUUAGCUAGUAGUGUCCAAAUUACAGCUCAAGCUUCUGAAUUCUUGUACUGUUCUUCCGAGUAUGUAGAUGCUGCAACAAUGUGAUGAAGCUGGUAUUUAAAGGGAACGAGGCUUUUGUUUGCUGUCGACCAUGGAGUCUGAUCUACCUUCACGAAACUCAAUUUAUUAUGUAUGGGUUUCCUACGGUCAAUUGGACAGAACGGAGGCCUCUGUUCCCGAAACAUGAACUUUUUUAGUUUUGGGUAAGUUCAUGUCAGAAGAGACUUGAAUCUGAGUUGCUGACCGAGGUAGGCCUAUCCAUGAUAGACAAAAUUUCCGUAUUUUUACAGUCAAAAUUUCUAUCUUUCUGUCCUUCUGAGAACACAUUUGACUGGGUGAUACUCCCUUUUACGAUAGGUUCUUCAUUCGUGGAUCUGUUGGUCAUGUCCAGAAUAGUUGGACUUUUGUUCUGGGACUUCUUCUUCAAGGAAUCAAGUGGUUAUGAAACUCUUUAUCCGUAUUGGAGUUUCUCAGUGCUGCAUGAGUUGUUGUAUGGGACCUUGUAGCUCUUGUUUGGAUAAUUCUUCUAUUGGCGCAUUGCCACUUCCAGUGUGGAGCUGUGCAGCAUUAGUUGGAUAAUGCGCUUGCUAAAUUUUCAAUAUGUCUGCAGCAGUGUAGAAGAAACCAAAGAUCUGCUAUGCUGUUCCGGUGGCUUGACCAGGUCUGUGGCUUGUGAGGUUUUGGAAACGUUUCUAAACAGUUUUCCAUAUGCAGGUGCUGUAGCUACCUGGCUGCUUCUAGAUAUCCAUCAUUGUCUUGAUAAGAUGGGAGAGGCAGAAAUUAUGAGUCUUGGCUUUGAUAACAUAAAAAUCAGGAGUCUAUUGGCUCAGAAAAAGAAUCAGGAGACUAUUAGCUCAAAUUUUCAGCAGCUGAAUGGCGAAUGCGAGUCAAAAGACAGAAUGACUACUGACAUGCUUGAGAAGGGGUUAAUGGAGUAUGGAUGCCCUCAUUAUCGUCGAAGGUGUCACAUUAGAGCUCCUUGUUGCAAUGAAGUUUUCACUUGCCGUCAUUGUCAUAAUGAAGCAAUAAACGACAUUAACGUUGAUCAGAAACUGAGGCAUGACAUGCCACGGCAUGAAGUUAGACAGGUGAUAUGCUCACUUUGUGGCACGGAGCAGGAGGCUCAACAAGUUUGUAGGAACUGUGGUGUAUGCAUGGGGAAAUACUAUUGUGAAACCUGCAAGCUGUUUGAUGAUGAUAUAUCAAAGAGACAAUAUCAUUGUGAUGGCUGUGGGAUAUGCAGAAUCGGAGGACGUGGAAAUUUCUUCCACUGCGACAAGUGUGGCUGUUGCUACUCUAUCCACCUGAGAAACAGUCACCCAUGUGUGGAGGGCGCAAUGCAUCAUGAUUGCCCUGUGUGUUUCGAGUACUUAUUCGAGUCUAGACAGGAUGUAACUGUCCUGCCUUGUGGACAUACAAUUCAUCAAGGCUGCCUGAAGGAGAUGCAGGAACAUUAUCAGUAUGCCUGCCCUUUGUGUUCAAAGUCAGUUUGUGACAUGUCCAAGGUGUGGGAAAAAUUCGACAUGGAAAUCGCGGCUACCCCAAUGCCUGGACCUUACCAGGGCAAAAUGGUUCGGAUACUCUGUAACGAUUGUGGCAGAACCUCCCAAGUGCAGUUCCAUAUCGUGGCUCAGAAAUGCACGCAUUGCAAAUCCUACAACACUCGCCAAACAAGAAGCUGAAGCAAGAUGUAUGCCAUGCAUCACUUAAUCGAUACGAAAAUGAGGCUGCUGGCUGUGAUUUAUCAUAAUCUUGGUCCUUCCUGCCGACUGCAGUUUCCACCUGGCCUGGAGCCAUGAUCUCUCUACUUGGAGAUGGAGCUCAUUGUGAUGAACCUCGCCUCCUCCCCCCUCUCUCAGCUUACACUAUUAUUUUUCUCGCUCUGUUCAUCUUUCAUUCCGAUAAGUCGUUAUUUGUAAUUCUGUAUGUCGUUUGCUGGGUCUCUACUCCAUAUGUUUGUCAAAUGUCCAGAAUUGUUGGGGUGCUUCAAUUCUUCAGGGCAUGAAGUGAUGGUGGAACUGUAAUGGGUAAUGGAUUUUCUCAGCAUGAUUUGUUGUAGUAGUUGUUGUUAUGGGAUACCUAUGGUUAUGGAUGCGUAUUGCCUCUUUUGAGUGGAGUUGUGCAGCAAAGAUAUGCUACACUGUUUCCGUGGCUUAUAACUGUUAUGAAAGGUCCAUAUUAGGGUUAAUUGCAUGGUUGGUCACUGAGAUUACAAAAAAACA